AUGGACUCCUUCCACCCUGUCCCAGUUAAAGUAAAUCCAGAUCUACAAAAGGAAAGAGACGCUGCACUUUUUAAUCCCGUAGAACUCACUUACUUGAAGGAUGGUGGAAAAGACAAGACAGAAAGGCGAAGACGUUGUGAAUUGUUGGCCAUCAAUGACCCUGAUCUUCAACAUAAGGACAUAUCUUUCAUGGCACGGAAUGAAAGAUACAGUAAUGCUGUCAGAAAAGCAGUUAUUAUAGCAAGAAAAAUAAAAGAGCAUAGACUGACUAAUAUGGAAGAAAAACAAUUGUACAUAUCUGCUGCUACACAAUAUGAUACCUAUGGAUUCGGUUUACAUUAUGGAAUGUUUCUACCAGCUUUAAGUGCCCAAUGUGACGAGGAACAGAGAAACUACUGGCUCCCGUUAGCAGAGAAUUUGAAAAUACUUGGAACGUAUGCACAGACAGAAUUAGGACACGGUACUUUCAUUCGAGGUUUGGAAACAACUGCAAUUUACGAUCCUAAAACCGAAGAAUUUGUUCUCCAUACUCCCACAUUAUCAGCAUUGAAAUGGUGGCCUGGAAACAUGGGAAAAACUGCAACACAUGCUGUUGUCUUGGCACAGUUAUACACAAACGGAAAAAGCUAUGGAUUACAUCCAUUUAUUGUGCAGUUACGGAGUCUGGAAAACCACCAACCUUUGCCAGGUAUAACACUUGGUGAUAUUGGACCGAAGCUUGGAUUUCAUAGCUUCGAUAAUGGUUUCCUGGGAUUUGAUCAUGUCAGAAUUCCAAGAAGGAAUAUGCUAAUGAAAUAUUCACAGGUUUCACCUGAUGGAUUUUAUAUUAAACCUAUACAUGCAAAACUAACAUACAGCACUAUGGUUGAAGCGCGUGUCACACUUGUCAGUGAUAUCGCUUAUUCGUUAUCGCAAGCUGUCACAAUUGCUGUAAGAUAUAGUGCUGUAAGAAGACAAACUGAACAGAUUAAAGGUGUAAAGGAACCACAAAUUUUAGACUAUCGAACUCAGCAGUUGAAACUGUUUCCAUAUUUGGCUGCAGCAUAUGCAUUCACCUUCACUAGUUUUGUUAUAACAGGUCGAUAUAUUGAAGUCCAAAAUGAAAUGAAUGAUGGCAAUAUGGAAUCACUUUCUGAGUUACAUGCUCUCUCAGCUGGUUUGAAAGCUUUCACAUCAUAUGUUGGGAAUGAAGGAAUUGAAGUUUGUCGCUUGUCAUGUGGUGGACAUGGGUAUUCACAAGCAAGUGGAUUUCCUGAAUUGUACACAUUAACAGCACCCAUCAGUACCUUUGAAGGAGAAAAUACAGUUAUGUUGCUGCAAACUGCUAGAUACUUAAUGAAGUGUGCCACUACUGCAAAACGUGGUUUGGAGCUUCCAAGAUUUGUUUUGUAUUUGAGUCAACGUCAGAAAGGUCAAUGCCCUGCUAGGAAUGAAAGUGACUUAUUGGAUCAUGGAUUACUAUCUGAUGCAUUUGAGCACAGAGCUCGCAGGUUAGUGAUCGAGGCUGCACAGAAGAUGCAAUCCAAUAUUGGCAAGGGCAACCCACAACAUGUUGCAUGGAAUAAUUGCCACAUGUAUCUAUUAAAAGCUGCAAGUGCACACUGUCAUUUUUAUGUGGUGCAGACGUUUGUGAAAUAUAUAAACGAUACUGAGAUGUCGGAUGCUGUACGUGAUAUUUUGACGUCAUUGUGUCAGUUUUAUGCCUUGCAUGGUAUUUGGCAAAAUGCUGGUGAUUUCUUGCAGGAUGGUUAUAUGAAUGGUAACCAGUUGGACAUGGUGCAAUCUCUUGUGGGAAAACUCUUAGACAAAAUCCGUAUUAAUGCUGUAGCUUUGGUUGAUGCUUUCGACUUUCGUGAUGAGAUAUUGUGUUCUAAGCUUGGAAAAUAUGAUGGUAAUGUCUAUGAAGCUAUGUAUGAAUGGGCCAAGAAUUCUCCACUCAAUAAGACCGAGGUGCAUGACUCCUAUAAUAAAUAUCUUCGUCCACUGAUGCAAUCUAGCAAGGCUAAGUUGUAAAACAAGAUGAACAAUCACUUCC